UGUACGUACUUUCAAGUACCCAGGUACUUUUGGCGGUCUUUCUUCAUUCAUUCUUCAACAAACAGUUCGACUUUAGCAUUGCAGGGGAGAGGUUGUUAUUAAAUGUAGCAAAGUUCCGUAUUUAAACACGUAAAGUGAAAGAUUUGCGAACAUUGAUAGCAGUGUAAUAAUAAAUAAUAAUAUUAUUAAAAGAAAAAGCCUUAAACUGUGAAGGUGUUCUUUGAUAUCAUUUAUUUUAUUAAUUAAAAUUCUGUGGUUAUAAUGCAUAGAAAAGUAGUAGUUAUUGGUUUUGCUAUCGUCUUAGUUUUAAGUGUAGGAGAUGCACUCAAAGAAAAUUGUAACAAGGAAGAAGACUUGCUACAACGAUGUUCAAUGGCGUUACCAGUUCUGAGUUCACCUGAAAUCUCAUUUGCUUUGACAAGGGAAGAGUUGGACAAGAGUUGCGUCGAAUUGAGAGUUGGUAUAAAGUGCAUCGAUAACUACACAGAAGUUUGUAUGAAGAAGAGUGAACAGGUUAUGUUUAGGAGGAUAUACGCGGGAAUAACUGAUGUGGUCCAAGAACUUUGUACGAGAGGAAAGUAUCAAGAUGAGUACCUCAGACAUGCAGACUGUGUGAAGAAUGUCAGGUCGGAGUAUGAGGUCUGCAGUAAGAAAUACGAAGUGACGCUGACUACCCUCAGCAAUCACCAGAAGAAGGACCGAUAUCACACCGAUGAUACGAAUGUCGCAACAAAUCACGAAGAUUACUUGAGGACGGUUUGUUGUUCAUUCCAAGAGUACUUGAUGUGUUCGGAGCAGACGGUCCAGAGAUCGUGCGGAGACGACGCGGCUUUGUUUACCAGUGCAUUCCUCAAGCGAAUGGCUUCUAAUAUUAUUAAGAGCUUUUGCCUCGAAUACCGAGGCCAGGAAUGCGGCCUAACAGAUAAAGCGACGACAUUGGAUCAAAGUUCGCUAAUAAUUCCCCUAACGCUUUUAGCUUCUCUAUAUCCAUAUAUAACUGGCAACUUAGUUCCAACGUAAAACUUCCUUGCUGGGAACAAAGAAAUCGAUUUUUAAAAUUAGAACACUAAGGUAGGAGCGUGGAUUGCCAGUAAUUAGUGUGGAAGAAGUUUGUUACGAGCUACAAUGAUGCAACGUUCAGUGAACUGUAAAUAAUUAAUGUAGGUAGAUUGUUUCAGUUCCUCGGUUAAAGGCGAAACUGAAGUUUGUGUAUUAAUUUAUUCGAAACAUAACUGGUGAAGCCGGGGUUGUUCUUAGGAGUACCUACUUUAUUUUGAUGGAGUUAAUACUAUAAUGUAAAGGAAAGUGUACAAUGUUCUAAUUAAAAGUUGUUAAUCUCAUUUUAUAACUUCGGUUACCUAUUCGAAUAUUACCAACUUUGUAAAUAGAAAUAUUUUAUUGAAAGCGCGCAUAAUAGCGCCGAUUCAAAUUAUGUUCUGUAAAAACUUAUUUUCAUUUUGUUGUAGAUUUUAGUACAUUGUUUGGUUUACAACU